GUCUUGGGUUUGUGGCUACUGGCAACGCCAUUUUCUAAAGAGUUGGAUCAUCUUCACGACUUCGACCGGCAGCGUCUGUCUGGACGGUCGACCUAAAGAAUAAUAACGAUGAACUCGUAAAAGAUCCAAAAUCUCUGCCAAAAUUUCCCUGAAGAAAAUUUCUUGAAAUCAUCCAUGUGGCGAAACUCCGCCACUUUAAGCUUCUCUUCGAAGCUUCUAUCCUCUUCCUCUUCCAUUAAUCAUUAUUGCUUUCAUUACGCAUCCGCUUUUUCCAUUUUAAGUCCGAAUGGCGUCGUUGAACCCGUACUUUCUCCUUCUUAUCGACGCUUCUAUUCCUCAUCGGCGACGCCUUCGCCUUCUCCUUCAUCUGACUCCGUCAUAAAGCUAGGGUUUCUCGCUGACAGAUCCCUCGGGUUUCGACCUUUGAGUUCCAAAGCUAGAGAUGCCAUCCAGCUCGCUUGUCACUACGGUCGAUGUUACUGGGAGCUCUCCAAGGCUCGUCUCAGUAUGUUGGUGGUAGCGACUUCCGGGACUGGAUAUGUGCUAGGGAGUGGAAACGCUGUUGAUUUGGCGGGGCUUUGUUGGACUUGUGCUGGAACCAUGAUGGUUGCCGCAUCUGCGAAUUCGUUGAAUCAGGUGUUUGAGAUAAAUAAUGAUGCCAAAAUGAAGAGAACGAGGCAAAGACCUCUACCUUCGGGGCGCAUCACAAUACCACAUGCAGUCACCUGGGCGUCUUCACUUGGAUUUGCUGGCACUGCUAUGUUGGCGUGCAAGGCUAGUAUGUUGGCAGCUGGGCUUGCAGCUUCCAAUCUUAUUCUUUACGCAUUUGUGUAUACUCCAUUGAAGCAGAUUCACCCUGUGAAUACAUGGGUUGGGGCUGUUGUUGGUGCUAUUCCUCCUCUUCUAGGGUGGGUUGCAGCUUCUGGUCAGAUUUCCCUCAAUGGAUUAAUUCUUCCAGCAGCUCUCUACUUUUGGCAAAUACCUCAUUUUAUGGCCCUGGCAUACUUGUGCCGUGAUGAUUAUGCUGCAGGAGGGUACAGGAUGUUCUCCCUUGCAGAUGCUUCAGGUCAGAGGACGGCUGCCGUGGCUUUCAGGAACUGCCUAUAUCUUAUCCCUUUGGGGUUCAUAGCCUAUGACUGGGGUGUGGCUUCUGGGUGGUUUUGUGUUGAAUCAUCGCUUAUCACUCUAGCAAUAAGUGCUGCAGCAUUUUCAUUUUACCGUGACCGGACCACUCAAAAAGCAAGAAGGAUGUUCUAUGCUAGCCUUUUGUAUCUUCCUGUAUUUAUGUCAGGUCUCCUAUUUCAUCGUCUCUCUGAUGAACAGCGAGGCCUUGCAGAUAAUCCUGACAGGUAUAUUGAGCUUUCAUCUUCCUUGCAAGAUGUAAGCGAAGAUGAUCAGAAGAAGAAAACGAGGCAUUUCACAGGUGGUCCACAAGCACGCCCACCUGUAGCAUAUGCCUCAAUCGCUCCAUUUCCCUUUCUUCCUGUUCCUGGUCCUUGAUGUAUUAUUCCAUUGGCCUCAAAUUUUGUAUACCGAAUAAAAUUGUUGGAAGGACAACCCCGAAACCUCAGCUUUCUAUUCAAGGCUUUUCUCCCAAGUCUCCAUUUUUACACAUUUUUGUGUAGAAUAAGAUUUCAUUUCUCAAUUUUCAUUAACUAGAAAUGAAUGUAAAUUGUGAUUGAGCUGCUUAUGCACUUUAGAGUAACGUUCAUCUUAAUAUACUUCGAAUUGGGUAUUUGAUUUUGAUAUCA